AAAAUCAUCGAUACUGCCAUGACCUUAUCUUUCCUCCGAAAAACAUCAUCUGCGGAUUCAUCACCAGAAGUAAAAGAGAAGUACGAAAAAGCGAAGAAAUAUUUAAGCUCUCAGAUAAAAGACGAAAAAGUGGAAAAGGAAUUAUUAGAAAAGACCGAUCAAAUUGUAGUUGAACAAACCACAAAUAAGGUCGUAAAAGAAAAUGCCAAUAAAGCGGUCGUCAACAAAGUGCAAGAAUCCGUAACCGUAGAAGAGGUCGAUAAAGUCACUAAAACUCAAAAUAAUGAUGGCUCGUUUGAAAUUUCCGAAAAAGUUACCGAAGACCUUGGUAUAACUACAUCAAAAGAAAUUACAUCAAUUAUUCGUGUUUCUGAUGAACGCGUCAAGAAAUUUGAUGAAAAGACCUGGAACACAUUCAUAACUUUGGCUUACUGCAAUAAGGUAUUAGGUAAACAUGAAUCGAAAUGGAAAGUUCAAAACGAAAAGGCCCGUAAAUGGAUUCAUGAAGUAGUCAAGGACGAAAAAUUAGAAAAAGAAAUCUUGGAAUCAUGCGAAAAGGUU